AUGAACGUUACUGAUAAUGUUCGUCGAGCAUUUCGUUCCAAAUAUUCGUUCGAUGUUCCAUCGACAUGGCUCCAAGCAUGUCUUACUUGGUUGCGUGAUCAAUUUCAACUACCUAAUUUAACCAACAAUUGUACUCUGGAAAAAGUAUAUAAUCAAUGGCUCCAUACAGAUAUUGCACUGCUUGCCGACGCAUCUUGCUUACCUAGUGAUCUCGACUUAAAUGCCAAAAAAGUUCAACUAACUGGAAAGUAUGCACUACAAAUCAAUAGUAUUUCAUGUAUAUCAGAUCCUUAUUAUACUCAAGUGUUGGACAUCUAUGGUGAUCAGAAUGAUAAUGAACGAAUCGAUACAGACAUCACAGAAACUCAACAAUGGAAACCACCACCACCUAAACGUGUUUUGUACUUGGAAUUAACUGAUGGAAAGACGCUACUUCGAGGAUUGGAAUACGAGCCAAUCACUGGUCUUGAUCGAGAUACAACGUUACCUGGUGCAAAAAUUUUCGUUUCUGGGCCUGUGUUCUUUCGGCGAGGAAUGUUACUUUUGACAUCGAAAAACACACAAGUGCUUGGUGGUUACGCAGAAAAUUUAGUUAAUACAAACUCAUCAUUAGAAAUAGCCUUAGGAUCGUUAUCGAAAACAGCGUCGCAUUUGGAUGAAAGUCGAAUGCGAUUUAAUCGCUUGAAUGUUAAAGUUCAUGUCCAAAUUAAUUUCGAUGAUCCAACUACGGAAAUGUCUGGUCCAACAACCGAUCGAGCAUUACCUCAUGGAGAUGAGGACGAAAUGGAUGAAUUCAUUCGUCAGGCCUACGCGGAUGGUGUCAUCAAUGAUAAUAGCCAACUAACAUCCAAUCCUCCUAAUUACGAUCCACCUUCCAUUGACUUUACAAAUAGUACGACAAGCAAUCAGAUUGCACCUGUAUUUGAUCAACCUAAUGAACUUAUAUAUGUUUCUGAUGACGAAGAAACACGUCUAUCAGAUAUGCAUCUUUCCGCGUCGUUUUUCCACAACCAAUCGCCUCCUUGUGCUCCUGUUGUACCACCUACGAUAAAAAUAUGUCUACCUUUUACAUACUUAUCUGCCAUUCGACAGGAGCAACUAUCACUAAUCAUCGACCAUGAGGAUUUUGUUAUCAAAGGAUGUUUUUCAACCAUCGUAUCAAACCCACGCGUAGUGAAAAACGAUUUUGAAUUAGAAGUUUUGCUCAAUGAUGGAAGUGAAUGCAUCAAAGUACGAUUAGCACCAGAGUUUCUCAAUGAACGCCUUGGAAUGACUGGAUCGGAGUUACUCGCUCGACGAAAUUCAUGUCGCACCGACGUAGAAAAGCGUCAACUUCAAACAGAUUUCAAUGAUCGCUUAAAGCGAUUCGGUCAAGAGAUGGAACGUGUGAAUUCAACAAUGAUGAUACGAUUUUUUUCAGACGAUCGGCUACCAGAACACAUAAAGCUGUUAAUCACGGAAGACUCAGCUACGAAUCCUCUGGAUCCCGAACAGCAUUUGAAAUAUCGUAUGCAAGUAUCAUCUCAAUCCAUAGCAGUGAGUUUAAACGCCUCGGAUGGAUUUGCUACUGAACAGUUUCACGUGUUACUGAAUAAUAACACCUCAAUAUCCUUUCGCUUUCUACGUCCGGGUGAUCAAGCUGAAGUCAAAGCUCUUUGUUGUGAUUGGUUUCCGAUUGAAUAUCCCGAUCAAUGGUAUGACGACAUCGUGCAUGAUCCGAAAUAUUUUUCACUAGCCGCAUACGGGACACAUUCACAACGCAUCAUCGGUUUGGUCGUUGCUGAUAUUCUAGCAUUAGGUGACUGUAAUCGUGAAGACCAAGCGAUCCUACAUCGAUCAUUUUCUUUAACGACACCUGUCUGUUAUAUAUUAAUCUUAGGCGUUGGUAAAGAGUAUCGACGGCAAGGUUUAGCAGGUAUUCUUUUACAGCAACUGUUAAACAUGCUACAUAAACAGGCAACUUGCAAAGCUAUUUAUUUGCAUGUUUUGCAUUCGAACAAGCAAGCAAUACGAUUUUAUCAAUCGAAAAAUUUCCAAUAUCGAAUACACUUACCGUAUUACUAUUGUAUUACAGGAGAUAAUCAAGAUGGGUAUUGCUUUGCUCUUUAUAUCAAUGGUGGUUACCCGCCGUUUACUUUAUCCGAUUUUCUUUCGACGUGGUGGACAUAUCUGAUUGAAACAAGUCCAUGUCGUUUCCUCAAUCGACUCGGACACUUUGUAACUGAUCGAUUGAUCUUUCUGAAUAAUCGUCAACGACUGUCUUCCUAUAAACAAAUAUCGCGCAUCAUUUAG